AUGAUAUCGACGGUGUCUAUGGGUCGCAGACGGCUGCAUUUAAGAUGGCGACCGAUCAAUGGUUGCCAUGGCAACGCGUCGGGACAGCUCAGCUGGGCUGAAAAUGAAAACAACGCGGAAGCCCGUACCUUUAACAGAGCGAAACAGCUUUAUAUGACUAUAGCGAGAGGAAUUCCAAGAGAAAUUAACAGCGGGAAGGGUCAUAGACCGACAAGGCUAGCGAGCUCCGAGUGGGAACCACUUAAAAUGAAUCCGCCGCCGCCAGAAAUAGAAGGAAUCGAUAGUUAUGCCGCGUCAGCCCCUCAAAAGCCGUCGUCAGCGCCCCCUCAUACGACUCUGCAGCGGUCCGUUCGUGCAUCAGGACCAGCUAGGGUCAUACCGCGGUUCCACUUCCCCAAAGGAAGACCUCCGCCCGCCCAUCAACAGGAUCACGCGCUACACAAAGUACAGAGCGCCUUCGCAACCUUCCCCAACAGUCAGGUCCCCCGAGAAAGCUUUAAACAUAUUGUGAAAGCGUGCGAGUGUCCACUGUAUUGGAAAAUGCCGCUGUUCCUAGCCACGCAGCAGAAACUAAACGCCGCUGUUGACGGACACAAAUAUAUCGACUUUUGGAGAGAGAUGACAACCCAAUGCCACGACCAGGCCUCCCGGUUCGUGUAUAUCCUGACCCGGGGUAAGAGCAGCAGUCUGACGCCAGAAGACUUCGUUCCUUUGGUCCAAGACGUAGUUGACACCCACCCUGGACUAUCAUUCCUAAAGGAAGCCACAGAAUUCCACUCCCGAUACGUACAUACUGUGAUCGCUAGGAUAUUUUACUGUGUGAACCGAACUUGGUCUGGAAGGAUAUCCAUACCAGAAUUGAGGAGGUCCAACCUGCUGCAGGUUAUACAGCUGUUAGAAGACGAAGAGGAUAUUAAUCAAGUGACGCAAUACUUUAGUUACGAACAUUUCUACGUCAUCUACUGCAAGUUUUGGGAGUUGGAUAAAGACCACGACCUGUUUAUUGACAGACACGAUCUGGCGCGGCACAACGAUCACGCAUUAUCAAGUCGUAUGAUCGAGCGAGUGCUGUCUGGUUGCGUGACCCGCGGGAACCAGAACCGCCUCACAGCAGAUGGUGAGCCGAGGAUGUCGUACACGGAGUUCGUGUGGUUCUUACUGGCUGAGGAAGAUAAGACUCACCCCACCGCUAUUGAGUAUUGGUUCAGAUGCAUGGACCUUGACGGCGAUGGGUACAUCUCUAUGUAUGAACUGGAAUACUUCUACGAGGAACAGAUGCAAAGGAUGGAAGCCAUCGGCAUAGAAACGCUGCCGUUUGUCGACUGUUUAUGUCAGAUGUUAGACAUGGUACAUCCGGCGGAGCAAGGUAAGAUCACUCUGUCAGAUCUGAAGAAGUGCAAGUUGACGCCGAUCUUCUUCGAUACAUUCUUCAAUCUGGAGAAGUAUCUCGACCACGAACAGCGAGAUCCAUUCGCCACACAGAGGGAUUCUGAUUGCGAGAUGUCGGAGUGGGAUAGAUUCGCGGCUGAAGAAUACGAGCUUCUGGUAGCCGAAGAAGGUGGCAGCGACGCGCAGGACCAGAUCUCAUACGAUGAGACGGACGACGACUGUCUGUCGCCUAAUGUAGAUGACGUCACCAACACGGAGGCUAUAGAAGACUCCAGUGUGGAGGAGUCUACUCUCAGUGAGGGGUUAUCAGCUAGGGGUCGAGACCCCGUUAUCAACAGGACCCCAGCCAGUGGGUUCGUCAACCUAAGCUCCAUAUAUUCGAUCGGCAACGAAAAAUGGAACAAAAACCUCCCCGACAGAAAAGAAAAACCAAUACCACCUGAAAAACCCGUCAGUUUGAUGAUGAUGACCAACAAAAUGGACAGAUGCGGCCUCAACAACAGCUUCUUAUACUCGCAACUGUUGAACACAAGCGGCGCGAGGGCGAAAGACCCGCCGUCAUAUACAGCGGCAACUAGCGGACAUUUAGUUGAUGAUGUAAAGAAAACUCCAAAAACUGUGAAAUCACCAACAAGCCCAGUGAACGGUGUUAGCAAAAUAUCAGACAAUUACGAAAGGGCUGUCGCGGAGAGACUCAGCCCGCAGAGAGAGGCGGCGCGGUUGAAUCGAAACGUGUUUAGUAAAGUGAAUACCGGUGUAGUGUCUAGUAAAGUGAAAAAAACAAGGAACCAAGAAGACGAUGAGGACUACGCUCGAGAGAGCGACGAGUGUUCCAUAUAG